AUGUCAGAUAAUGCAGCAAAAUGCACACAGACGAUUUCGAAGAAUCUACUUUUGCUUUCUGUGCUGCUCGUCGAGUCCCUGGUGAUAAUUCCGUCGUUGGUCUUCACAACCCUCAAUGUAUUCGCAUCCGAUGAAAAUCACUAUAAGGCAUAUCACCCGGAGCUCUCAGAAGUCGUCAAGUUCCACUUCCUACUCCCAAUUUUUGUAUAUCAGAUCAUCUGGCUUUUAUCAAACAUUGUUUCUGUCGUAACAGUGCACUGCAACACCCCAUAUUUUUUCUUCUUUACUCUGAUAGUUCCUUGUAUCGGGCUUCUUCUGAGUAUUCUUAUUUUGAUACCAGCAAUUGAAUUACUCAUUGAGAGGAAUUUCAACGUCAGUGGAUUCUACCUGGGAUUUGUAUGCGGAUUGUCUGUAUUCGUAGUUUUUGCAAUUUUGUUCACAAUUACUCGAUGCUCUACGUUCCGAAAGAUGAUGAAAAAGCAAAAGGUUGUACAAACCACUGCUGAGAAAUCACCUGAAGACCCUGUAGAGGAAGCCGCUGCACCUGAGCCCAUCCGAAUAAAAGAUCCAGAUGAAAUCAGUAUAUCAUUUAGUCGUCGAUCAACCAUGAGCAUGAAUGAUGAGCUUUACGUGCCACCGCCACGUCGAUAA